AUGACGCAUUCCAAAUUCAAUAACAAUUUGGGACCUUCGAGCGCAUUUGAACAAAAGAGUCGACAAGAUGACCGAAUUGGGAGUCCGCCUAAAUCCCCGGUGUUCCAAAAGAACCUUUCGGACCUUCAGGAGAUCAUCUCUACCGUAUUCCAAUCAUUUCACGGGUGCAAGAUAACCACAUCGGACGAAUAUCUCCAGGAGAAGUUGAGUAAAAUCACCCACGAGGAUGGGAUCUUUUAUAUCGCCACCGUACAAUCCAUCCAACAUAACGAUCAGAUAAAGUCGCACGCGGAAAAUAUAAUCAAUUACAUUCAGAAAACCAGAUCUUUGGCAACGACCGCCGGUCGUCGCCCGGUUCCCAAGGAGCUCAUUAGAGAUUCCAUGGACAUCAAGGAGUCGGUGAGGGGAUUGAGAAAUGAUUAUGACGGAGUGCUGAGACGACUGAGAAUCAUUCAGGAAGAGCUUCGUAAACGGAAAUGCGAUAUCAGCAAGCGCAUAGAUGAGAUUCCUUUUUACGAAUCGCAGGUGUACAUGUAUAGGAAGAAGUCCAAGCUUCAUUUCAUUCGGUCCAAGAACCUAUUUUUAUUUGGUGGUGGCAUGAUAUUUGGCGCCCUCCUGAUUGUCAUGUGUGCUCUGGGAGAUGCGAAUGAAUCGAUAAUAAUACCGAUCAAUCUAACGAUGUUGGGACUUGGCCUUUUGCUGAUUAUGGUUGGACUGGCGUUCAAGGCGACUUCAUACUUGCACAUCCGAAAGUCGGAUCUUAUUGACGAGGAAAUCGAGUACACCAAUAAAUUGUCGGAAACCACGAAUGACCAGGAGACGCGGAUGAUAGAACUUAACCUGAUCGACAUCAUCUUCCAACUAAAGAUCAUUCUUGCUUAUUGGAAGAAAUGCCUAUCUAACCUGGAGAAUCUUAUGGUGGAACUUGGACAUGGAGAUCACAUCUUAUCCGAACGCAUCGAGGAAGUUUGGUUGAAUAUAAAGGAUCAAUGUGAAAUCUACAACAGAAUAAUAGGAGAAAUUUUGGAUCAGGUCGAUAGUGUGCAGGGAAGACAGGUAACCACGACGUCCGUCUCCUAG